AUGUCCCGACCUCAGGUCAGCAUCGACCGGCUAACUCCCCGCCGAGUCAAUGCCGAACCGCGAGAGUCGAUGAACUGCAAGUCAUGUCGGAAGAGGAAGAUCAAAUGCAACCGGUUGCGCCCAAGUUGUGAGGCUUGCAAGGUGUUUCAGUGCCCUUGUAUAUAUGAUGCCGUACCGAAAAAACGUGGCCCGAAAACAGAUGUCUUGGAGGCCCUGCUCAAGCGCGUCGAUGGCUUGGAAAAGCGUCUCCAGGAUGACAAUCAUCCUCUGUCGCCCACCUCCUCGGCCUCCCCGACUAAGUCAAUGGAGCAACUUGCGGCACAGGUGAACUUUCACCCUCCGCCUCCAUCGCAUACAUUCCCUCCACCUCCAGCGCCUCAGCAACCUUCUCAGAGCCACAGGCUACCUGACUCGAUGCUGGACGUUUACUUUGCCCGACUUCACGGCAAGCCCUACUCUAUCUUGGAUGAGGCUGCCACCCGCCAGCUACAUCAGCGAGGGCAGUUGCCCAUGUGUUUGUCCAUGGCUAUCCAUGCUCUGACAAUAAGAUAUACCGUUCUCAACCCUUCUCCUCAAGGUCUAGACUAUGCUCGCCAAGCUCGACGUUUAGUGGACAUUGAUGAUCCUUCCAUUGAGGGACUACAGACUCUCCUACUAUUAUCACAGACCUUUUUCGCUUAUGGUUAUGGCAGAAAGGCCUACAUGGCAUUGAGCAAUGCUGUUGCUAUGGUCUUGGCUUUGGAUCUGUAUCGGGAACUGCCCGCUCAAAGCCCGUCGCGUAGUGCAGAACGCGAGAUGAGGCGUCGUCUCUUUUGGACGGCUUAUACAAUGGACCGCUUUCUUACCUGUGGCUCUAAACGGCCCUGUCUCAUCGCUGAUCAUUCCAUCGUGUUACGAUUACCUUCCACUGGACCGGAAGCUGGCGAAUGGUUUAACCCGGUCGGUCCUAACAUUCAGUUCACAUCUGACCGUCGCAAGGGCCCAGGAGCUGCUACUCUUUUAGUCGACAUCACUCGAAUUUUGGGCGUCACCCACCGCUACUUAGCUGCCGGCGGUGUCAAAGGUGACUCGCAUUUUCCUUGGCAUGCUCUCUCCAACUUGUCCAAGAUCCGUCAGGAACUUGAUAUCUGGGCGGCCGGCACGCAGGACCUAUUCGCCUCAAUUGAGGCCUUAUUUGGUCACCCAGAGAGCACGCUUCUGCUUCUCAGCAAGUUGAUAUACCACCUAGUCCAUUGCUUACUAUAUCGACCGUUUCUUCCUAUUGACCUGGCUGAGCUCCGCGGGACGGGCCAGCAUCAGUCAUGGCAGAUUGAGGCUACCACACUUUGCUUUUCGCACGCCAAUGCCAUCGCCGAAUUGGUUGAGCUGGCGCGCCAUGCGCCGCGCAUUGAAUGGCCGGACUUGAUAGCCUACUGUGUCUGCACCGCUGGCACUGUCCACAUUCACGGCGUACACUACAACGGCCGCGAGGGUGAGGUAUUCGCAUCGAGUGCUGACUUCCUUGCGCGUGAGAUGAGCCAGCUAAUAUGGCUGCGUCACUCCUGCUCGGGGGUUCAGCAUCAGCGGGAAAUGCUGCAAACCAUUUCGGCAUGUCAUGCAGAUUUGGUGCGAACAUUAGCUGCGCGACCGGUGCGGUUUGCACCGGUCUUCCAUCUGGAGGAUUUCUUCGAUCGGUAUCCCGGAUUAGCGGUUGAAGGAGCACAUGUAAGAUUAGUGGAUAUAGAUGACCCCGCCCGCUUUGACCGCGUGGAUGCCCACGACGGGAAUAGAGCGAUUUAUCAGGCGAUACCACCAGCUACGCCAACCCUCCCCUCACAAGCCGGUCGAAGCAACUCGAUCAGCUUCAACGCACCCCAGCCAUCACCCUCGCCGUGGCUUGGCCCUGACCUGAGCCUGCCAGAUGGCGGUCUCGGGUUCUCUCCAUCCGGGGUAAACACCUCCCCAACCGCAUUCCUCUCGGAACCCUUCAACGCACCAACACCGCCGUCCCAACCGCAAUACGCCACCUUCCCCUUUGAAGCAUCCGUUCCGGGAGCAGCUUUGACGCCGGACGCUCAGUCCCAGGGUAGCGCCUCGGGGGCGGGAGCGGGGCCGGGAGACCAAAGCUCGUCCGAGAAGGACCCGUUCCUAAGUUUGUUGGAGCAGCUAGCGGAGAACGAGCACUCGCAAGGGGGUCCGAGCGAGCUGGACUUCUUUCUGGGGGAGAGCCUAGAGGCGCCGGGGGAAGGAUGCCCGGAUGAAGUUGUUGAUGCUUAG